CUUUUGCCGAUUCACUUCAUACAGUUGUUACCUCUCUGCUAUCAGUUCGUGAGGACCGCGAGCAACAUUUUCCAGGAUACUUUGAAAGACUUUUCAGGUGAAUAACAUAAAACAAGAUGGCGACCGGAAGUUCAAGUCGUAACCAUGGUAGCCAGGCGUGUUUGGUCUGCUUGAAGGAUGACGGUUUCCAGAAGGUUCUGACCAAUUGCAAGCAUGUUUUCUGCUGUGAGUGUUUGAAGAAAUUCCUCGAGGCCCUGCAGGAUCAAGAGGAGACAUUUUGCUGCCCUACGUGCGAGGCGCCGUGUCCUAUCUAUAAUGGUUGGCUUGAUGACUUGCUUGAUUACGAAGGUGAGAGGGGCCUGAAUGACGAAGCUGCAGUAGUCCCACAGCGAGCAACUGUCAACAAGACGAAAAGUAAGACCGUCUCGUGUCACAGCUGUGCGUUCGCCAAGGUCCUCGAAAUAGACGCCGAGUAUGUGUGCGAGGAGUGUGGCAAUUUGCACCUGUGUAGAGAUUGUACAGAAGUUCAUGGUCGAAAUAAGGCCACCGUUGACCACGUUGUGAUCUCUUUGAAGGACAAGGCUGAAGGCAGUUGUAGGAUACACCAGAAGCUGAUCAACAGUUACUGCAGUUCUUGUGCACAGCCGUGCUGUCAUCUGUGCAUCCUGUUCGACCACGGCGACCAUAACGUCAAGAAGAUCGGUGAAGUGUUCCGUACUCUCGUAAAGGACUUGGCCGCCGUCACAGAGGAGCAGGAGAGGAGGUCGGGAGACUUGAAGAAGUGUGGCGAGCAGAUGAGGUUCCUCAAGGGGACGGAGAUGACCGAGAGGAAGGAUAUCCUUAUUCGUGAAACUGAAGACCACGCAGAGAGGUGUAUUGCACAUAUCGUUCACCAGAAGGAGGAUCUGAUCAAAACGAUUCACUCCGACUACAAGGUGGUCACAGAAGUCUCCGGAUGUUUGGACAGGAUCCCAGCGCUAGUUUUCCUUGAUACCACUGUCGCCAAGGCAAAAGGAAUCUUAACCAAGGCAGAAACCCACCCUAAGGACAUACGGCACUUGUCAGCCAUCAAACAAGAUAUCCUUGAUUCAGGGAUAAAGAACGAGAUUGACAUCACAAGCUACUGGGAGUCCUACAAGAAGCUCUACAACAAUCCUGUCCAUUUCGUCACCAGGGACGAGAGUAACAUCGAUAUUGGAGCGUUAGAAGCCAAGCAGCCAGUCACAUGGGAUGCCACGCAAUUCAAAUCAGUGUUUGAAAAAUCAUUGGUUGUUGAUGACGAUGGUGAGUUCAUUCCAUGCGUGACCAAUCUUGGUUUUGACUACUACGCCAUUGCGCACCCAACCGUUCGCGGCACACCAUCCAGUGCCAUCGACAUCUACCAAGUUCCUGGGGAGCUCCGCCAAACUUUCAAGGAACACGUCAGCCCGCUGUACGACAUGACAGCGACGCCAGGCGGCCAGCUAGCUGUCCUAUCUGAUGGUACAAUAGAGGGCGCGUGUUGUGUUCGACUCUUUGAUCCAGAGCAUGGAUACAUCAGAUCUACCAAGGACUUCCAGAUACAGAGUCCAUUGUCCUUUGAUAUCAACCUACGCCAGGAAUACGUCUUCCUGACUAACGAUGAGGAGAGGAAGCUCACAAUCUUCAAUGAAGACGGCUCAUUAGCGCUUACAUACGUAUUUGAUGACGCCACCUGUUUUGUUAAAAAUGCCUGCAGGACUAUCUGCAGUGGAGUCUAUAUCUACGUCAUCGGUUCGAAUGAGGUGUUUGCCAUCUUCAAACAAGAUGAAGAUACCUUGGCUCUCGUCACAACAAGUCAAGGUAGUAUGUCGUCAACGUACUGUCUGAAGGACAUCACCGUCACCGCCUUUGAUCAAAUCACCGUGAUCAGUAAUUACGGGAGUAGCUGUCCUUACAUAGGAACCUAUACCCUGAGCGAUGAUACGUUGUCCACCGUGAUUCUGAGACAGGUCGGACUGUCAGCAUCUGGACCGAAUACAGAGUCCCGAAUCUCUGUGAAGGAUAACUAUGUGGUGUGGUCGCAGGGAAAAACAAUCUCAGUCUACAAAGUGUAAUCGUUCUACAUAAGAACUGGACCCACUGAGACUGCGUGAUCGCAGCGAAAAAGAGUUUCUGUGUACGUGGAUUCAUCAUUUUUUCCAAAGUACUGUGGACGCAAUGAUAUGGUACAAUCCUUGAUUCUUAAACGGUCCGGAGUGAAAUUAGGUGAAAGGCAACUAUAGAUAAUUUGGUGACGGGACCAAAGUAACUAUUUCUAUGAACGAGUCAAUCAGUUCUCAAUGUACUUUUAACCAAUAUACCAGGGCCACAAUAGACAUUAGUACUCCCAACCUCGGAAGCUAAAGGCAACACAACUCAUCACUUAGAGAAGCUGUCGCAAUGAAGCGAUGAAAGUCCGCGAACCGAUACAAUAUGAAUGAUUGAAAUUCGAAAAAUCUAUUGAAAUCAAUUUCCUUUCGCAUGCACAGAUUCGGUUGGUUUGAAACUAUCGAUUUGUCCCGGAGCUGAGGACGUACAAGAGCCAAUCACUUGAUAUUACUACUCAAAAUGAAGAAAACUUGAAAUGAAUUUGAAUGAAGUUGCUUCUCAUAGCAGACAUGUAGACAUGAUUGAGACGUUUUCGACAUUUACCAAAUCAUGUAAAUGGAACUCGGCGAAAUCAGUGAGGCAAUUGAAACAUUUUUGUUUUAUGUACCCGGUCUGAGAAACUGUUGAAUCCACUAAGCUUUGGGGCUAAGCCGUAUUAAGUCCCGGCAAACAUAUUCAUCACCCAAAUGUUAAAUCAUCUGGGCAUAACAUUUUUCAUCUAAGCCGAGAUAGGACCUUCGUCACCAGGAUAGACGUUAACACCAAUAUUACGGUAAUGAAUUGCCUCUGCCAGAACCUGAACUGUAACAGUUUCCCAAAACACACUACUGGCGCUCCAUCGAUAGAGCACAUAGCAACGUCAACUGAUCAAAGCAAAAGGAAAGCUACCUUUCAAAACAUCGUUCGACAUCACAUGAGAUUCCUCUUGAGUGAUUGGAGAAUUGAUCUCGAUUGGUCUAUUAGUGUUCAGCCAUGUCAGACAUUUUGCAGACGGUAAUGGACACGCGUACGAUGCACUUUCCAUUCCUGUUAACUUAAAAACUAAAGGUCUAGCAUGAAUUAAUCAUAUUUGAAAUCCUGUCAAGCCAUUAGGUUUGUUUUAUUGGCAUUUGCUAUUUCUGCUGACAAGACAAAAUAACAAUCUAUUCAUUGAAGCAAGAAUCUGGAGAAAGGAAUGAAUACCAAGUCCAAGACGCAGACGCAAGAAAAACAUUACCGCGGGUAUAUUGUGUGCGUGUGUGGGGUGAGGAUAGGCGAUGAACUAUCAGGCUGCACAUUGCACAGUGAUUAAAAGCGACUCGGGAUGUGUUCGCUUAUUCAGAGAUACCAAAUUUCACAGAUGGUGGGGAAAAAAAGAGUUGGUUUUUUUUUAUGAAUCAUGCCAUCAGGUGUGUUCCUUAAAUAGAAGUGGGAAUUCAGACUGCCCAAGAUACCCAUAAAUCAGAGAAUAUGUUGGAUGAGGUUACCAUCAGGGCUAUGGUGCACAAAAGUACAUUGGAAAGUUAAAGAAUUCGAAAUUUCGUUGGUAACCAUUCCGCGUUUUAGAAAAACUGAAGCUGCUGGCAAUUGGUUUUUUCGUACCGAAUGGCGCAUCAUAUGCUUUGCUUGAAGACACAAUAUUGUUUCCGCAUAAGUACAACCGGCAAACAUGAAAUGCAAUAAAUGCAGGCCUACAUGUAAAGGCUUGGGUUAAAUAUUAUUGUGAAUGUAGCUUUC